UUUCGUACAACCGGUGGUAGAGAAAUCAGUGUAGUUUUCACUUUCGUGGAAUUAAAAAUAAAAGUAAAAUCUUAAUAUUGUGCGGAAAUUCUAUAACAAUUUUUAAUAUUUAUAUUACGUGAAACUUAGUGAAUUUAACACAAUUGGCGUAGUAUUUAUACUUGGUUUUGUCGCAAAACAAUAGUAUUGGAGACAAAAGAGUGAACCGUUUACGCUUGGAAAAGAGCCACAAAAGUUAAAAGAGAACUGUAUCUGAGCUUUCUUGCGUGGUUGUUUAUUUGGUGGCAGCUUUAAAUUAUCGAUUAGUAAAAUGGCAGACGAAGACUUAUCGUUAAACGAAGAUCAACUGCUGGACAAUCUUGAUGAGGCAAAUGGCGAGCACGAAGCAGAACUAAUGAACGAAAACGAGGAGGAAGCCAAUAUGCAAAUCGAUCCUGAACUGGAAGCAAUAAAGGCGCGAGUUAAGGAAAUGGAGGAGGAAGCCGAAAAAAUUAAACAAAUGCAAUCCGAAGUGGACAAACAAAUGGCUGGUUCUACAACAGGAUUGGCCACAGUGCCAUUAUCUUUAGAAGAAAAACAAGAAAUUGAUACACGUUCAGUAUACGUGGGUAAUGUUGACUAUGGCGCUUCCGCUGAGGAGUUAGAAUCACAUUUUCAUGGUUGUGGAACCAUAAACCGUGUGACUAUACUAUGCAAUAAAGCUGAUGGUCACCCCAAAGGCUUUGCUUAUAUUGAGUUUGGUUCAAAGGAAUUUGUUGAGACAGCAUUGGCUAUGAAUGAAACUCUUUUUAGAGGUCGCCAAAUUAAGGUCAUGUCAAAGCGCACUAAUCGGCCAGGAUUGUCUACGACAAAUCGUUUUGCACGCGGAAGUUUCCGUGGCCGAGGAGCUCGCAUAUCACGCGCUUGUUGUCACACAUCGUUCCGUGGUUCACGUCGUCCAAUAAGGGGUUAUCGCGGACGUGCAAAUUACUAUGCACCAUACUGAUUAAUGUUUUACUCUUACUUUUAAGCCACUUAGUCGGAACCACUGAUGUCGGAGCACUACAGAAUUUAGCUGUCAUACAAACUUACCGAUCAGAAUCACAAAUUUCGCGCAGUACGCUGGCCUUCUGGUCAAGUCACCAACUUCGGACCUCUAAAAGAGCUCAACUAGGCAGCGUGAUUCUCAGUCUCAUCAGCCCCAUCCCGCACCUUCAUAUUGCUUCAAUCCUCGUCUAUUGGUAACUCCUGGCCGCUCGCACCGUCCGCUCCGUGUAUUUGACCGAAAUACGACCGAAAUACGACCGAAUAUUACAUCCAUCAGGCGAAAAUGACAUCCAAAAAUAGCGUCGCCGAACAGCUCCAACGUGCGACAACUGUUUCUGCGGGCUCUACUGCAAUGGUCUUAAGAUCGAGGAGAUAGGCGAUUUUAUGAGGAGGGAAGCAGCAAAAAGCCGUUAUGUCUAUGGUUUUGUGGUUUAUGGCGAGUAAAUGAUGGCGGUCCAGCCAAAUCGACGCAGGGGUACUAUCCGCUAUCCGCUCAGGCGAUGGCGAGCUCGAAUUAUUUAAUAUAUAUAGUUACAUGCUGUCUAACACGAGGAACAUAGAUGCGCUACUUAGUGCUGAGGACCGAUGGGUACUUGGCAACUUUAACGCGCAGCAUGAUUUUUGACAAACGAUCAUGGCGGGAAAGAGCUUGCGGAAAAGAUUGAAGAUUCGACAUUCUGCAUAACGAAUGUUGAAGCCGUCCCCGGAAUCAAAGGCAAUGGAUAAUAAUUCGCCUGGUAGUGGUUUGAUAAAUAGCAUAACUUGCCGAUCAAUGCUAAUUCUGGCAUUAGACCAUUUGCCUAUAGUUAUCACGAUCGAAAAACCCCCCACUUUAUUCCUGCGGACCAUCGGACCUUCUUAAACUUUAACAAAGCUAACUGUAUCGGCUUCACAGAAUUUACUUAAAACACCUUUGCCGCUCAUUUAUAUGGACGUAAUCACUGACGAGCGUCAAAUUCGCAAUGCGAUUAAUUGCGGUUGUUGUUGUGGUGUUUGUAGCGGCAGAAAACAGAAUGAUAGUCCUUGGUCGGUUAAAAAUCCGGGUCCGUUCCGGUUGCUUAGACCUGACUGUCGAGGGAACGGGGUUGUUCGUUUCAUUCCGGCUGGAAAAACCUCUGAACCUCAGACCUAAUUUCCAAGCCGCUGAAGUUAUUUUAGCAAACGAGCCCCCAUAAGAUAUUUGGAUAUUCGGCAAAUAUUAAAUCAACAACAUGAGCAGACGAAACCGGGUUGAAAUUCAAUUCAAUGGCCGUGUCUCUUCCUUAUAUAUACCAAAACUGGCAUACAAUCAAACCCGUCAAAAUUAAGUCCUUGUAUGGAGAACUUUUUUAUUUGUCAAAUGGUCAUCAGGAUUAUUUGUUGUCGUUAUUCCAAAUAUCUGCCACACUGCUGAAGAUCACUUGAUGGUUGUAUUUACUUUGACAGCUCUAAAAACAUCAUAUAUACGUAUAACAUUUCGUAUAUACCUAUUUAUAUGUUUGUGAAAUCGCCAAAUGGUACAAAUAUGAAUGAACGCAAGCUUUAUUUGAAUUUUAUUUAUUCAUUGUUUCCAAUCAAUUUUGGACAAAUUUUGUAUGAGUUCUUUUAUUGUAACUUACAUGUAAUUAUUUAGUUGAAGAUAAAUUCCUUUUUUCUCAUUUUGAAUAUUUAAAAUAUUUUAUAAUGUUUGGUAUUGUUGUAUAUUUGUAUGUAUGUAAUUGUUGUUUGUGCUAUAAAAUGGUUCGAUUAAA